AGAGCCACCAAGCAGCCCUUCUCGCCUUUUAGAAAAUCAUGAUGACGUAACAGCGCACCUAUAUAAAGGCUCGAAGGAGGAAAGCAGUCAGUCAAGCUGCACGGGGUCUUCGGAGGCUGUAGGCAUGGCGGUGAGCAUUGUAGCGACGGUCUUGGCGGCGGUGGUAGGCUUGGCGUUCGCGCAGCAGUUCCCGUCGCCGUACCAGAGAGGUCCUUACAACACCACCUACGUGCACUUCGCCUCCCUCCUCACCGUGGGCCUGGAGGAGAACCUGGACAUAUGGCUUCCCAACGAACCGGGGACGUACCAAGUCUUUUAUUUUCUCGAUGGGUUCGGAGGCGUUAUUCCCGGAGUGGCCUAUAAUCAGGUAAUGGAUCACAUAGCCUCGCACGGGGUGGCGGUCGUUGUGCCUUGGGAACUAGCGUCCCCCUUGAACCCAGAAGACAAAGUGCCGAUCUUCGUCUCCGUGAUGGACUGGGCGGAGGGUCAUUUGGAGUCAAAACUACACCAUAAGGGUGUGAAUGAGGAUGUGCAUCUCGACUUGGACAACCUCGCAGUUGGCGGCCACUCUGCCGGCGCGCACGUGUUGGUCGAGUACCUGAAGGCCGGCUGCGGCAAGUUCAAGGCGCAGGUGCUGAUGAGCCCUGUGGACGGCGUCGACGCGGUGGGCCUCAUCCCCAUCUUCUGCAUCACGCCGGGCCAGACCCUCAACUACGCCAUCCCGACCCUCCACCUCGCUGCUGGCUUGGAUAAUGUGGGAGGCUUCACCGACUACUCCUGCGCACCGGACUUCCUGAGCAACAAGAGAUUCUACGACGCCCAGGACCCGGAGUCUCCUCGCUGGUCCAUCAACGCCACCGCCUUCGGCCACGGGGACCUGCUCGACCCCUAUUUCCAAGGGUCACUCGAGAUGCUCGAAUUCUGCGCCUACAACCACGACGCGACGGAGGAGGACUUCGAGGCCUACAGGAGAUUCGUGGCGGGGCAGAUUGUGUCCUUCUUCAAGGCCUUGUACGGAGGAAGCGACGAGUGCGUGGCUCACCUGGCCUACCUGGAAGACCCCGCCCUCAUGCUCGUCGAGGCCACGGAGGUCCACGCAAACCCAGCCGCCGCAUGCCCCGCCCCCUCGUGCACCUGGUGGCCGGCGCCUGAAACGACCAUCGCCCCCUAAUUCUAUUUAUUUUUCUCUCUUUCAAUCACCCAUUAUUCUUUAUUGCAUUUUAUCCCAUUUAUUACGUAUCGUCCGUUUCGUAAUUUAACGAAACGAUUUGGUGUCUCUAGUCCUUAUGUGUAAUUCGAUGAAUAGAAUGUCUGGAUACAA